AUGUACAUGCUUUCUUUUCCUUCUAUAUCCCACUGGCUGAAAGACAAGGCUCACCCCAAGGUUCUCAGCCUCGAGGGUGAUGUGCUUCUUGAACUAGGCCUUCCUGAGCUUGUAGGCAUGGACAUCCAACCACCAGUACAAAUGAACCCACUGGCAGCCCUGUUCCACCCUUCCAAUCCAACCCAUACAACAGACCACCCCCUGCCUCAGCUCUUGGACCUUUCUCCCAAGCAAUCCCCAGCAGUGGAAUCCCAGGGCCUUCAACAUCCUUUGCAGUGGGCCUCCCUACCUUCAAGCAUGAACAUACCACCCACUGAGGUCUCAAUUGCACUAUCUCAGGAUUCAUCAACCCUGGUGGAUGACAGGCUGUGGGCCACUUCCACAAUGAUUGUGCUACUGAUGAUAUAUGAGAUGGUCAUCAGGAUUGGCUGGCCUGUAAUGUCUCCAGGCAAGACUGCUCAGAGGCAAUGGAAAUCAAUGAUACAUGAAAUCCUUUUGCAAGCAUCAGUGAUCAUACCAGGAGAAUUGGCUGGAAAGGCCAGUCCUUAUGCCAAAAUGUUUUUUGUGAACAAUGAUAUGAGACUCUUCAUGGAUGAGGCCAUUAUUCAGUGGAAAAACAACAUAUGCACAUGUAUCACUGAUGGAAGUGCUUUUACCUCCUUUUUCAUGCAUGAGCACAAAACAGAUGGGAAAAUUGUCCAUUGGUAUGGAAACCAACACCUCAAAGACUUCCACAUUAACUUCUGGUAUACCACUGAGCUGAAUCCCAUGAAGGUUGCAGCUGCCAAGGAUAUAAACACAACACCAUUGUGGAUGUAUGCCCUAACUGCUGUAGCAGCACUGAGUAUUCACCCAUAUAUGAAGUGUACUACCACUCUCUUCCCGAAGCAACUCAGAACCCCACUAUCAGCUUGGCAGUUAAUCACCAUCUGCUGUGGCUUCAUCAAUGCACAUUGGAGAAAAUGA